AUUUCACUAUAAAUAAUACUAUAGGAGGAAUUGGAGUGUUAAUUUGGUGAAAAUAUAAAAAUGGGCUUUAAAUGUAGUAGGGCAGGUGAAUGGGCCAAUUGACGGUUUAUGAAUGAGGGAAGAAGUCCACAUCCAAUAGAACCCUUGAUUGGAACGGAAAGCAGUUCCAGAGGAAUGUUGCUGCCAUCGCAAGCAUUGAUGACAGCUUUGGAACUCUCACCCACAAAACCAAUCCAUCAAAGCCAAGGCCGAAGCCUGGUUUUGGUUUUCCACCAACUUUACGAGUUUAAUGUUCCAACAAUAAGGCCGAAAGUCAAAGUCUCUUCCUCCACGUUUUCCUGAUUUCAGCCCCAAAAACGUCGUCACCCGACCGCUUUCUAGAUUUGAUGAUUGCCCUUUGCCUUGCCUUCUCCAAAUCUUUACAUUCGCAAUCCCCUGUUUCAUUGACCCCGAGGAUUUAGACUUUUUUUUUUUUGUUUAAUCAUUAUCUUAUCUCUUUCUCCAUUCUGUCCAGUUUCUUCUUUUCAAGACGCGAGGGAGGCACUAUUAAGUUUGAUUCUUUAACUUUCCUUUUUUCAUGUUUUAUUGCCAUUCAUUCAUCUACGGUCUUUGUUGAUUUGAUAAGAUUUUUUGAAUUUUUUAAGAUUUGGGUUAUCUUUGUCUCUGCAUAAUCUGUGUUAAUUUCACAAAUUCAAUCCGUUGCUUGGGACAGAGUCAUAUGUUUUUCUUUUUCUUUCUUGAUUUAUUAUAGUUCAGAUUUUCUGCAAAUGGACAAAUUUCGAAUUGCAAUGAAUACAAUUAAAGAACACAAUAAUUAAUAUACUAGAAAGGUUGUCUAGUAAAUAACUUCAUGCCACUUGAGUUAAUAUCUGCAAAUAUUUUAUAUUUUUUGUUUUUUACUGCUACUGUUACAUAUAUGUCCAAAUCUGUGCCAUGCCUUAUCAUUGGCCUGACUUCAUUCAAAGAUGAUCAGAAAAUGACAAAGGGAAACAAUUUUACUUAGAAUUGACAGAACAUAAAGCUUCUCACUGCUAAUUCCAAUGCCUUGACUUGCAAGGAGAAUCAGAUAAUUCUAGUAAUUUCUUUUUGUUACUUGCAAUUAAAGUAAUGAAUCUGUUUUAAGAGUUGGAAGCUUGUGGUAAUGUAGUAAAAUUCCAGCUUUUGAAGAUAAAGCUGGGGUAAACGGUCCAAUUUCUGAGGCCACACAUUCAUUAUGAAUAUCUUUUGUUUUCAAAGGCUAACUAUUGCUGGUCAAGAUCUUUUUGAAGAUUUUUUUUUUCAAGAAAUUAGUUUGUCUUUAGCUUUUCUGGUUAGUGAUUUAUUCAUGUCUAUAUUCUUCACAACUGUAGUUGAGUACUCAUCCACAGUAGUACACCUAUCUGGCUGUAACCUUGGAAGGAUUAUUAGCAACAUCAAGCUGUUACUCCAUUCAAAAUAUACCAUUUUGCAACUUGUAAUAGGAAUGAGUAGCGUGGAGUCAUUCCUAUGAGGAUGUGAGUUAUCAGUCAGCCAGAGACGAUCAUUGUCCUAGAUGCUUAAUUUCUCUAAAGAUUCAUCCACUUUAGUUCUGCUCUUUGAUGGUCUGUGUUUUCUUCUCUGCCAUUAAACUCUAGGAACAACUUGAGUGACUCUGAGGCCAUUAUUGCAGCUGUCUGUCUAUAGGUGGGAGAGUCUUUGGACGGCUGCCAGAACAAGAUGGAAGUUUGUCGGCCCUUCAAAUCUGAUGAUAAAUUAAAGCACCGCCCUUUGACUCCUUUUAGGCUUUUGAGGGGUCUGAUAUGUCUAGUGGUGUUCCUCUCUACUGCUUUUAUGUUGCUAGCUUAUUUAGGACCUGCGGCUGUCCUAUUAAGAGUUCUCAACUUACACUAUUGUAGGAAGGCAACAUCCUUCUUCUUCGGCCUAUGGCUAGCUUUGUGGCCCUUUCUUUUUGAAAAAAUAAACAGGACUAAAGUGGUUUUCUCAGGAGAUAAUGUUCCACAAAAGGAACGUGUUUUACUUAUUGUCAAUCAUAGAACUGAAGUUGAUUGGAUGUACCUAUGGGAUCUUGCAAUGAGAAAGGGUUGCCUGGGCUACAUCAAGUAUAUCCUUAAGAGCAGCCUGCUGAAGCUACCCGUCCUUGGUUGGGGAUUUCACAUCUUGGAGUUCAUUUCAGUAGAAAGGAAGUGGGAAACUGAUGAAAAUGUCCUGCACCAAAUGCUUUCAACUUUUAAGAAUCCUCGAGAUCCUUUAUGGCUUGCUCUUUUCCCUGAAGGAACUGAUUUUACUGAAGAAAAAUGCAGGAAGAGUCAAAAGUUUGCAGCUGAAGUUGGAUUGCCAGUUUUGACAAACGUGCUGCUACCGAAAACAAGGGGAUUUUGCCUUUGCCUAGAGACACUUCGGGACUCUUUGGAUGCAGUUUAUGAUUUGAGUAUCGCUUAUAAGCAUCAAUGCCCCUUCUUUCUGGACAAUGUGUUUGGUGUGGAUCCAUCAGAGGUUCACAUUCACAUACGACGUAUCCCUGUCAAGGAAAUCCCAGCAUCUAAUGUAGAGGCUGCCGCUUGGUUAAUUGAUACAUUCAAGCUUAAGGACCAGUUGCUCUCAGAUUUCAAAUCUAAGGGCCAUUUCCCUAACCAAAGAACUGAAGAACAACUCUCUACUUUGAAGUCCUUACUGAAUUUUACAGUGAUAAUUUCCCUGACUACCUUAUUCACUUAUCUUACAUUUUCUUCCAAGUUGUAUAUGAUAUAUGUAAGCUUAGCUUGUAUAUAUCUUGCAUACAUUACUCAUUAUAAAAUUCUCCCAAUGCCAUUUCUAAGCUCUGCUAAACUGCCGUCUUACCAUAAAGGAGCAAGAGAUGAAUAGUUGUUCAUUAUAAGACAUUUUAAUCGCAAGUCACAAUGAAUUUUUUGCCUUUGAACCUGAUCGCAGUGCCCUUGAAUUCUCUAUGCUGUGAUUUUUAUGUUGGUUUUUAUUUCUUUUGAACUUCUGUCUUUCAUUUUUUUUUGGCCCUCUUAUGACAUUCUGUAAUGGAGGAUAAAUAGCACCUCGAAAGUCAUGAGUGAGGCUUCCAAAGUAUAAACAGGGCACAGUAUACUGGUCAGUAGGACUGUAGGAGGCCACCUGGGAGCUUAUUGUAUC